AUGGACUCAUUUUCUUCAGGUCGACCUUUUGACAAGGCAUGCCCCUCAGGCCUUCUUUUAGCUCUUCUUCUUGCCCAGAAAAACAUCCCCUCUGUUGUUCUAGAGUCAUGGCCGCAUCUUGACACGCGUCUACGAGCAACUCAGUAUGGAGUCCCCGCCACCCGCAUCUUCCGUCGCGCUGGCAUUCUUGAAGAUAUUCGCCAAGCCAGCAUCGCGAAAUUCCCUAGCAUAUGUUGGAGACGUGUCUCAGAUCACGAGAAGCUCAUUAGUCUGAAUCUAUCCCUUGUUGAGGAUGAUGCCGAUCGAAUGACAAUCUUACCCCUUGGCGAGAUCAUACAAAUCUUGUACAGGCAUUGCCUUGAGAGAGGAGGGGGAUUGAUCGACGUCAGGUUCAACAAUGAGGUUACCAAUGUCGGUCAGGACGAAAAGUCGGCCUAUGUUGAUGUCAACAUCAAAGGCCAAAACAAGACAGAGAAAGCGAGACUUAGUGCCGACUACGUCGUCGGGUGCGAUGGAGCAUCCAGUGCCGUGCGACGCUCACUUUAUGGUAGAGAAUGGCCAGGUCAGACACUGCCGUACCGGUUUGUUGUUCAAAAUGUCUACUACGAUGGCUUCCAAAAGCAUAAUUGGGAUGGCGGAAACUACAUGGUCGACAAUGAUCACUGGGGCCUCAUCGCCCGAAGAGGAAAAGGUGGUCUGUGGCGCGUCACCUACGGAGAUCCAGUCACGGGCCUGACGGACGAAGAGUACCUAGCCCGUCGACCUGCACACAUGAGAGCAAUGCUCCCAGGACAUCCCGACCCAGAUCAGUACCGAAUCGAACAGACAAAUCUAUACAACAUACACAAUCGCUGUGCUGAGAGCUUCAAGGUCGGCCGCGUAAUUCUAGCUGGUGAUGCAGCGCAUGUCUGCAACCCUAUGGGAGGAUAUGGCUGCAUGACUGCCGUCUUGGAUGUCGGUGGUCUGGCCGAUUGCUUCAUCGGGUACUACCACGGACUAGCGGACGAGGAUAUACUCGAUAAGUAUGCAGAGGUCCGACGGGAUAUCUUUGUCCGAUACGUUGAUCCCAGAUCGAUCAAGAAUCUCAAUCGUGUGGCGACAUCCGAUCCUCAAACUGUCUUGGAGACGGACAAGUUCUUUGGUAUCUUGAAGGAUCUUCAAAAAGAUGAAGAUAGCAUCAGAGCGUUUUUGUUGAAAGUCUCCAGUAUUGAAUAUGAUUUCACCAAGCAUUAUAAGAGCAACCACAACGGACUAGUUCUGUGA